ACCCCAAAGUUUUCCCUCAAAAGAAAAAGCGAGGAAGUCUCUAGAACUCCGGCGAGCAUUGAUGAUGUCACGGAAGAUGACACGUAGGCCUAUAAAACCCAGAGGAGCAGACGAGGGCUUUACUUACUUUGUUUUGCCAAACGCCCCCUUAGUUCAAUCUGCCCUCUCAAUUUUCCAUGGCGUCUACAUUUCUCGCAGCACCAAAAACCUUUACUCUGAACAAGCCUACCCUCCCAUAUCUUCCCACCCACAAACUUCUUGCAGGGUCUCGAAGAAACUCUCUCAGAAUCAAUGCAGUUGCCACUAAAUGGGAACCCACCAAGGUUGUUCCACAAGCUGACAGAGUUCUUAUCCGUCUCCAAGAGUUACCCGAGAAAUCAGCUGGCGGAGUUUUGUUACCCAAAGCAGCUGUCAAGUUUGAGAGUUGCCUAAUGGGGGAGAUAGUUUCUGUUGGUACCACAGUAGGACAAGUGGAGCCUGGAAAGAAGUUAUUCUCCUUAUACCAUCUAAAGGAAUGCCUAUAUCUUUGCAGGUUCUUUUCUCUGACAUAAAUGCAUAUGAGGUCGACUUGGGAACAGAUACUAGGCAUGUCUUCUGUAAAGAGAGUGACUUGUUAGCUGAAGUCGAUUGAAGUUUCUGGCCUUUGAUCUAGAUGAAGAAUCUACUUUGAUGGUGGCACUUAUGGAGUAAAAUUUGCCUUGUGUCAAACUUUAGAAUGUAUUUCAGAAUCGAACAGUUCAUGUUGCAUUUUGAUAGCUUGUCAUUUUGUAAUGAGUGAUAUUACAAGCUCUUGGUGCAUGUAUGUCAGUUACUCAUUGGAGAUGAUAAUAAUUCACGAAUAUUUAAUAUAUUCAAUGGUUUUUUUUCUUAUUUUGAUUUUUAUAAGAAAAAGAAAUGGAUUCAAUGUUGGAUGACCAUUGACUUC